GCAGGCUAUAAAUCCAUUACAUGGGAGCAUUAGGGAGCUUUUAGAGUCAGACAAGUGGAAAAGCUAUUGCAGUCUUAAGUUGUUGCGUGUGAGCUUAGUCAUGACCCUGCUACACAGACUAGUCACGGAAGGUUAUAGGAAGGAGGCUCCUACCCAGAGAUCCCAGCUUGCAAUAUGGCCAGGUUUUGGUUAAUUUGUGUCUAAAAUUCACACAGCACCCUUGAUACUGUAACCAGAAUGGCCAAAAGAUUUUAUAUGUGGAAAAUAUUGGGCCAAAUUCAUUCCUGGUGUCGCCCCAUUAAAGAGUUCAACCAGGGACAAAUUUGGCCCACUGUAGUAAAGGGGGGAAAAUAACUUCUUCCUAUGUGAGGGUCGAUAUCAAUGUAUGAGGUGUUUGGGGCCACACUACAGCCUACCCUAUGCAUUCAGGGGUGUAGCCAGCUGUCUGAAAUGUGUGCUGGCUCUGCUGCUCCCCUCCUGUGAUUACACCUGUAACCCCACAUGACAGACCUGAUGUUGUACAACAGGAUCAUCACUAACCCUGCAGGUGCAGUUAGACUGAAAUAUGGAGCAGGUGUUAACCCUUGGGAUACUGAAGAGUACAUGUUUUGGGUACCUCUCCUUUUCCCUUCACCAGGCACGCGAUUCCCUCCACCACCAAUGAUCCCUCCCUGCCAAAGCAAUUUCCUCCUGCCGUUCAUUCUCUCCUCUCAGCUGCCAUUAUUGCGUUGCCACACAGAGCUCUGAGCUCUGUACUGGUUCUUGGCGUAUGGGAGGAGUUGUGAACCACCAUCAUAGCAGGAGAGCAGGGUCAGAGGAGGAGAGGGAGAUUUUUGAGAGCAGAGAGGCAGAGCCAGAUGGGUUUCUCCAUUGCAGAGUCCCAAGGUGACCCAUCUGUCAGCCAUUAGAAAACAGCUCUUCUCCUUUGGUGCAGCAACUCCAGUGGCUUCUAGAAAUUAGCCAGUUUCCAGAUGACGUGUGUUUGGAAAUUAGCUUAUUUUCCUAAGGCUUAAUAAUAAAAUCUGAUGAAGAAUUAAGUGAACUUGCUAAUUGCUAUGAGAAAUGUUGCUACAGAAAAUUAAAUGUCAUACAUUGGAUAUCUGCCUUAUCUUCUGUUUCUGCUUUAAUGAAAGUUGCACCAUUGUUACCUGGAAAGAUCAAAGAAUGCAGAGCACAGAUUGGCUUGAUUUGAGCAGCCAUACGCUAUAAUUUUGCAGAGAAAGAAGGUUACCUACAAAGAGAAGAACUUGUAUGGUGCAGAGCUGUGGUGUAACAGGUGGAUCACUUACCUUGAAGAACUUUAUGGAAUAGUUUCAUGCAGCGAUUAAAUCCAGUAUUGCAGACAAAGCCCUUGUUGAACUAGUUCCUUGGACUUUUGUGGUUCUACCUAAGAGCGGGAUGGCAGCAGUAAGCAGGACUCUGGGUUUGUUGCGUCAGGAUGCAAUGCACAGGUUACUACCCAUUGCUUGCCAUCUGCAUACAUCCCUCAGCCAAUAUAACUCCAACAGGACGUCCAUCGCCCGCAUUCAGAGGCAGACAUACGGCAGGUCCUACCCAGUGCUCUUGGUCAGGCCUGAUGGAUCUACUAUUCACAUCCGCUAUAAGGAGCCAAGGCGGAUACUUACAAUGCCUGUAGACAUUAACACUCUUUCCGAGGCCGAAAGAAGAGCGAGGUUACGGAAACGCGAUUCCAGAAGGCUUAAGAGCAAACAGGAGGAAGUGUUGGAUGAUUUUAAUUUGGACGAUUACAGAAAAUUUUGGAAGAAGAAAUGAAUUUGUUCUGAGGAUCUGUGGAAGUGUAAAGGGAAGAUUUGGCAACCCGGGCCUGCAGAGAAGGAGACUAACUUACUGUUAUAAGGAGAAAGUUCGUAGCUGAGUAAAGAUUUUCUUUCUCUUCUGUG